AUGGCUGACCAGAACAAGAAGAACGACGACUUCGUGGCCAACAUGCCUGAAGUCGCCAACGAGAACAACAUUGGCGAUGGCGAGAAGGAGAACGACUCCCUUGUUGGUCGUGGUCCUGGCACCGAUGCCCUCCCCGCCCAGGCCUCAGGAUUCACCUCCAAGAUUGAGAACAGCGGACCAUUCUCUAUUCUCUCCUACUGCCUCUCCUCCAUUUCCAUGACUGUCGUGAACAAGUAUGUCGUGUCUGGCAGUUCAUGGAACCUUACUUUCUUCUACCUUGCGUGCCAGUCUAUUGUAUGCAUUGGUGCCAUCACAGCAUGCAAGCAGUUUGGUCUUAUCAAGUCCCUCGCUCCUCUGGAGAUGGACCGCAUCAAGAAGUGGUACCCUAUUUCGCUCGUCCUCGUUGGUAUGAUCUACACAAGCACCAAGGCUCUGCAGUUCCUCUCGGUGCCUGUCUACACCAUCUUCAAGAACUUGACCAUUAUUGCCAUUGCAUACGGCGAGGUUCUCUGGUUCGGCGGUUCCGUUACCCCUACGGCUCUCGCUUCGUUUAGUCUUAUGGUUCUGAGCUCCGUGGUCGCUGCCUGGGCUGAUAUCAAGAGCGCUAUUUCUGGUGACUACAGUGCCACCACUGGCGAUGCCGAUGCGCUUGCUACCUUGAACGCCGGUUACUUCUGGAUGGCCAUGAACGUCAUCUGCUCUGCCUCUUAUGUUCUGGGCAUGCGCAAGGUCAUCCACAAGAUGAACUUCAAGGAUUGGGACACCAUGUACUACAACAACCUUCUCACCAUUCCCGUCCUUGUCUUCUUCUCCCUUGUCACCGAGGACUGGUCCAGCGUCAACUUCGCCAAGAACUUCCCCGAGGACUCGCGAAACCGCAUCUUUGUCGGCAUCAUCUACUCCGGUCUGGCUGCCAUCUUCAUCUCUUACUGCUCCGCCUGGUGCAUCCGAGUCACCUCCUCCACCACCUACUCUAUGGUCGGUGCUCUCAACAAGCUGCCCAUCGCUGUUUCUGGUCUCGUCUUCUUCGCUGCCCCCGUCACCGUUGGAAGUGUCUCUGCUAUCUUCAUUGGUUUCGUUUCGGGUAUCGUAUAUGCCUGGGCCAAGGUCAAGGAGAACGAGGCUAAGAAGAAUGCUUUGCCUACCGCUGAGAGCCGUGAGGCAGCUAAAUAG